AUGGCUUCUUUGACCUGGAUUUUUUGACCCAUGGCACAACCCAGAGUGUCUUUGAUAAGCGGCUGCACCGAUGUAGGGAUUUUGUGUUUCGGGACAUGAAACUUAAUCCACAACAAGCUCCAUUAUAUGGCGAUUGUGUUGUUACAGUACUGCUGGCUGAGGAGGACAAAGUGGAAGAGGAUGUAGUGUUUUACUUAGUGUUUUCGGGUUCUACCCUCCAUCACUGUGCAAGUACUCGGAAGGUUAGCUCGGAUACAUUGGAGACCAUUGCUCCCGGCCACGACUGCUGUGAGACCGUGAAGGUGCUGCUCUGUGCCUCCAGAGGGGGCCUCCCCGUGUCUGUGGUGGCCGAACAAGACUUCCGCUUCGUCCAGGAUGAGGCCUAUGAUGCAGCCCAGUUCCUGGCAACCAGCGCUGGGAACCAGCAGGCCCUGAACUUCACCCGCUUCCUGGACCGGUCAGGGCCGCCGUCUGGGGAUGUGAACUCCCUUGAUGAGAAGGUUGCGCUGGCGUUCAGACACCUGAAGCUGCCCGCCGAGUGGAAUGUGUUGGGGACAGAUGAAGCUUUGCAUGAUGCUGGCCCCCGUGAGACGUUGAUGCAUUUCGCUGUGCGCCUGGGACUGCUGAGGUUGACAUGGUUCCUGCUGCAGAAGCCAGGUGGCCGCGGAGCUCUCAGUAUCCACAACCAGGAAGGGGCGACACCUGUGAGCUUGGCCUUGGAGCGAGGGUAUCACCAGCUGCACCAGCUUCUCACCCAGGAGAAUGCUGGAGAACCUGACUCCUGGAGCAGUUUGUCCUAUGAGAUCCCUUGUGGAGACUGCUCUGUGAGGCACCACCGGGAGCUGGAUGUUUACACGUUAACCUCCGAGUCUGAGGCCCGUCAGGAGCCCCCCACUUCUGGAGACAGCUGCACUGGGCAUAUUUUUAAACUUAUGAACAUCCAGCAGCAACUGAUGAAAACAAACCUCAAGCAAAUGGACCAUCUCGUGCCCUUAACGGUGACAGCCCAGGAUCCUUGCAGUCCACCCAGUGCCAGUGCGCAGGAGACGGAUGGCUGCUUUCUUCCUUGUGCACCAGAGCCCUCGGGCAGCCAGCGACUUCCUCCUCCCCCUGGAGAGACUGAGAGUGCUGCAUGCUGCCAAGGAGGCCCUGCUGGGCAGAGUGACUGUGGCCUCGCGCCACAGAGCGUGGCUGAGGGAGAGAACAGAGACCAUUCCUCUGUGAAGGAGCAAGGCACCGAAGGAAAAGGGGAAGAGGUGGAGCCCGCACACACUGGGGAUUCCGGAGUGGUGUCUGGGCAGGAGGGCUGCCUUCAGAGUGAGCCUGGCUGUGGAGUGGGGGGCUCAGAGAACUUUCCAUCCCGUGGAGACAGACAUGAAGAAACUGGAAGAACAUGUUCUGGAAUGGCCACAGGCCAGGAGUCUGUGUGCAGCGGAGCUAGCGUGCCCCGAGGAGACGUGGUCGUGGAGCCAGGCACAGGGUGUCCUGCAGGUGAGCUGGCAGGUGAUUUAGCCACAGAAGUCUGUGCCCUAGAGGCUGCGGGGGCAGCAGAAGGAGACCUUGAGCACCCAGCUGCCCCCAUGCAGAAGAAGGUGCUUCAAGGAGGGAAGCAUACAGCGGAGAGAUCUGGGAACUCUGAGGUCCGCACAGCGGGGGCCUCUGAUGCGCAGGUCACAGGCAAGCCCGGGGGCAGAGCUGCUGUUCCAAACGGUGCCUCUGCCUCCACUGCCCGGGCAGGGGCCGAGCCGGCCACUGCCGCACUUGCUGUGAGCGGUGGAGAAAGUUCCGUGGCGAAGGCAGCAGACACUGAAACUCCAAGACGUGCUGAGCGCAAUGCUGAUGUUCUGGUAGAUACCAGCUCUCCGGUCACUGCGGGUGCUGCAGAAGACAGGAUUUCAGGUGGAUCGGAACCUGACUCUGCCUUAGCAGACGUAGGUAGGGCAGUGUCGUGCUGGGAUAUAACCGUUCCUGGGCCAGAAGACGGUGCCACGGGAGACCAGCAGUCAGAAGCAAAUUCCUCAGCUGGAAGUGAUCCGCAGGACACGGACCCUCUGUGUCUGCAGGGUGCAGUGCCCUCUAGUGGCGAGUGUGGUGCACAGCACUGCAGUGGCAGAGUGACUCAGCCCCAAAGCACCCCAGGAGGGCAGCCCAACGCACCAGAUGCUUCCUCUGCUGUUGGUUGUGAAGAUCCGCAGGCUACCGCCAUCACCUCUGACCCUGGUGGGGAUUCCCAGGAACGCGAGGAUACCUGUCCUCUUGGCAUUUCGGAUAAAAUGGGCCAGAGAAAGGAUUUAAAACUAGAUACACCUGCAGUAAAUCUGUGUGUGGAUGUUUCCCCUCCACAUGAAGUUGUGCCUAAAACUGAGAAAGAAAUGGCUCCAGCCCGGGCGGUGACAUCAGGCAGCGCUGUCUCUCUGGCAGGCGGUCCCGGCAGUGAAUCAGUAACCAAAGAUGACGCACUUUCCCCUGUCUCCUCCCAGAAAGAAAAGGGAACAGCAACUCCUCCGCCACAUACAGCUACAGAUGGUGGAGAGGGUCAGGACGGAGAGCCAAGUGGUCCUGUUGAGACGGGCCGAGAAGACCUGGCAGCUGGACUGCCCACGUCCUCCCCUGCCUCCCAGCUGCAGCCUGGCAUGGGGAAUACCAGUCCCACAGGACUUGGUGGGGAGCACGAGGACCCUGGCUCCUCCGCAAACCCUGAAGCUCGGAAUGUCCAGGGGGACACGGAAUGUGCCCUGCAGACUGUGGGUGAGCCCACUCUGGCUCCUGGUUCAGCUUUGACUGAAGAAGAAAAAACGCUGGUGGUUCCAGACAGCCCUGCAGCUCAGGGACAAGACGACACGGACAAGACAGGGACUUGUUCCUCCAUCAAGGAAGACACACUCUCUUCAGGAGCCUUGCAGGGUGAGCAGAGAGUACUGCCUCCUGGACUCGAGACGCGGGGACUCUGUAAACAACCCAGCUCGGCUGCCUGUGCCCAGGACAAGGCGCUUCAGGACUGCCAUUCGCUGGGUACACCCUCUGCCUGUCUGAAGAUGGACACCAAGCAUGACAAGGAAGUGGCCCCACAGCCGGGUGAAGGUCUGGCUGCAGGGAGUCUGGUGUCACCAGGAGCAAAACUGGCUGUAGAAGCCUUGACUGUGGAGCAGGACAGCUCCACCCUGCUGCCUGGCCUGUGGUCAGAGGGCUCUCAGGCUCUGCACAGUCUGCCUUUGGCUCUGGGAGUUGAAGUGAAGACCCCUCCACCCCAGGACGGAGCUGGUGCCUGUGAGGUGAGUGUGGAGGCUGCACAAGGCCCUGCCAGGCCCUCAAGCAAGGAUUUACCUGACGAGCCCCUGGACAUCCCGCUCCCCAGAGUCCUGCCGAGGCUGGAGAAGAAUGCGAGCCAGGGGUUGCCGGGACCUUUACCAGACUCAGCUCCCACAGACCUGCUGGCAGCUGCAGCGCCAGAGACGCUACCUCUUGAUUGGCAGCAAGGGCGUCUGGAGGGAGCAGACCACAGCUGUACCACGGGCGACUCCAGGGAGGAGCCGGUGGAUGACGAAGCCCAGCAGCUUAUUCCCCAGGGGACCCCCACAGAGCCAGCGCUUGUGGCCCAAGAGGACGAGGCCCCCACUGGCAUGAAAGAACGCAGGAGAGCCUCGGCCCCAGGCAGAGACAGGGGUGCUCCUUCUCCACCUCGCGGGGUCUCUGCCCAAGGGGGGCCUCUGCCUCGGGGAGCAGACUCCAUUGAGGAGGCUGCCACGCGCAUAGUGGAGGCUGUCAUGGAACGCGUCCGGGCCUCAGGAGCACUGGCGCCUGAGGGGCAGCUGUGCUGUCCUGAGUGGCCGGAGGAGGCUCCCACAGAGAGAGGGCACGCUCUCCCACCCAGGGGGACCUCACAGACAGGCAGUGUUCUGGAAGAAGCUGCAGGCCACCUCGCAGGGCAUUUUGCUGGACAGGAGGCAUCAGAGAAGAGUCUGCCUGUCCAAGGGCCCGCCUCAACAACAGAAAUGCCCGACAUGAAAGCUGAAGAUGAAGUGGAUUUUCUGAGUCAUGCCAGAGUGAGUUCAGUUUCUGCAGAGGUGGCUGUGGGCAGCGGAGCGCCUGUACCCAAGAUGAGACCAGGCCCGGAGAGCCAGGCGAUAAACCGGGAAAGCUGGUGUUCACUAGAGCCGUGCCCUGAUGCAGCAUCUCUUUUGGCUUCUAAGCAGGGUGCAGAAUGCGAGAAGUUCCUGGAUGGUGGGCUGGGUGGAGAGUGUGCCCCCAAGCAAGCCGGACUGCAGAGCGCGUCUGGCAGCGAUCCGGAGCUCUUCGCCUCCCCCAGUGACGGCGUGGGCAGCAUCCUGUUCUCAGAGCCCUCACAAGAGCGGUCGGCCAGCGACAUCCUGGGAUCCAGUUCUUCCGCCGAGGACGCAGCUUCGCCGGAUCAGCAUUCCUCUCGGGGUGGUGAUGUGUCUCUGCCCCAGGUUGCAGGGUUGAACAGGUCCGGAGAUGAGCAGAGCCCUGAUGGCUUUGCCAGCCUCGGGAUGGGAGCUGAGGGCCGCGAGAGUGAGAAUGAGCCUGGUGGCGGUGGUGAGGUGGAAGAGGAAGAAGAGAUGGACAGCAUCACUGACGUGCCUGCCAGCUGCUCAGUCCUGCGGGGCUCCAUGCGUCCUCUGUCCCCUUUCCGGAGGCACAGCUGGGGUCCUGGGAAGAACACAGCCAGCGAUGCAGAAAUGAACCAGCGGAGUUCAGUGCGAGUUCUUGGGGAUGUUGUCAGGAGACCUCCCAUUCAUAGGAGAAGUAUGAGCUGGUGCCCCUCUGGUGUGCAGUACUCGGCCGCCCUGAGUGCUGACUGUAAUUACAGAAGUUUCAGUCUGGAAGGCUUGGCAGGAGGAGCUGCUCUGGGAAACAAGCCGUCCUUAUCUCUGGAAGGAAGUCCUGCAGACAGCAAAGAGCGCAGACACCCUUCCAGCCGCGAGGAGCGGGGGGGCUCUCUGCUGUCACUCUCGGAAGAGGACCUGGAGUCUGACCCGAGAGAACACGGGGUGUUUGACCACCAGAUGCGCCACAGAUCCAAGCAGCAGGGGUUUAACUACUGCACGGCAGCCAUUGCUUCUCCACUGACAAAGUCCGUCUCCCUGAUGACAAUCAGCCAUUCGGGACUGGACAACUCACGGUCCUUCCACAACACCAGUGCUCAUCUGACCGAGAGUAUGACAGAAGAGAGCUACAAUUUCCUGCCCCAGAGCCCUUCCAAGAAAGACUUCGAAGGGAAGAGUGGAACAAAAGUCAGUCGCACGUUCAGCUACAUCAAGAAUAAAAUGUCCAGCAGCAAGAAGAGCAAAGAAAAGGACAAAGAGAAAGAGAAAGUGAAGGAGAAGGAGAAAGACUGUAAAGAGAAGGAGAAGGACAAGAAGGCCAUCAACGGGCACUGCUUCAGCCCCAUCCCCGUGGUGGGCCCCGUCAGCUGCAGCCAGUGCGCGAAGCCGUUCCCUAGCAGAGACGCCCACACUUGCACAAACUGCGGUGCCUUCGUCCACAAAGGCUGCAGGGAAAGUCUGGCCUCCUGUGCAAAGGUCAAGAUGAAGCAGCCCAGAGGGAGCCUUCAGGCGCAUGACACCUCCUCGCUGCCCACGGUCAUCAUGAGAACCAAGCCCUCACAGCCCAAGGAGCGCCCUCGAUCUGCAGUCCUCCUCGCCGAGGAAACCGCUGCUGCCCCCGUGUUUGCCCAGAGACGGGCCCAGCAGAGCGUCUCCCUCUCCAAGAGUGUCUCCAUACAGAACAUCACGGGAGUCGGCAGUGACGAGAGCAUGUCCAACACCUGGAAGUUCCUGUCCCAUUCAACAGACUCACUAAAUAAAAUCAGCAAGGUCACCGAGUCCACAGAGUCGCUCACCGAUGAGGGAGUAGGUACGGAUAUGAACGAAGGACAGCUGAUGGGGGACUUUGAGAUUGAUUCCAGACAGCUGGAAGCUGAGUCCUGGAGCCGGAUUGUGGACAGCAAGUUUCUGAGACAGCAGAAGAAAGAUGUGAUCAAACGGCAGGAAGUGAUCUAUGAGCUGAUGCAGACAGAGUUCCAUCACAUCCGCACCCUCAAGAUCAUGAGUGACGUGUACAGCCGGGGCCUGGUGGGGGAGCUGCACUUCGAACAGCAGAUGGUGGACAAGCUGUUCCCCUGUUUGGACGAGCUCAUCAAUAUCCACAGCCAGUUCUUUCAGAAGAUCCUGGAGCGGAAGAAGGAGUCUGUGCUGGAUCAGAGUGAGAACUUUCUCAUCCAGAGGAUAGGGGACGUGCUUGUAAAUCAGUUUUCCGGUGAGAAUGCACAACGCUUGAAGAAGACCUAUGGCAAGUUUUGUGGGCAGCACAACCAGUCUGUGAACUACUUCAAAGACCUCUACACCAAGGAGAAACGCUUUCAGACCUUUGUGAAGAAGAAGAUGAGCAGUUCGGUAGUAAGGAGGCUUGGAAUCCCCGAGUGCAUACUGCUCGUAACCCAGCGGAUCACCAAGUACCCAGUUUUAUUCCAAAGAAUAUUGCAGUGUACCAAAGACAACGAGGCAGAGCAAGAAGACCUCACCCAGUGCCUGAGCCUGGUGAAAGACGUGAUUGGGGCUGUGGACAGCAAAGUGGCGAGUUAUGAAAAGAAGGCACGGCUCAGUGAGUUCUACACCAAGACAGACAGCAAGUCGAUCAUGAGGAUGAAUAGCGGUCAGAUGUUCGCCAAAGAGGACCUGAAACGCAAGCAGCUCGUGCGAGAUGGGACCGUCUCUCUCAAGAGCUCCACUGGCCGGUUGAAAGAGGUCCAGGCCAUCCUGCUCACUGACAUUCUGGUUUUCCUUCAAGAGAAAGACCAGAAGUACAUCUUCGCGUCACUGGACCAGAAAUCGACGGUGAUCUCCUUGAAGAAGCUGAUCGUGAGGGAAGUGGCACACGAGGAGAAGGGCUUGUUUCUCAUCAGCAUGGGGGUGAAGGACCCAGAGAUGGUGGAGGUCCACGCCGGCUCCAAAGAGGAAAGGAACAGCUGGAUCCGCACCAUUCAGGACACCAUCAACACCCUGAACAGAGAUGAAGAUGAAGGAGUCCCCAGUGAGAACGAGGAGGAAAAGCGAAUGUUGGACACCAGAGCCCGGGAGUUGAAAGAGCAGCUGCGGCAGAAGGACCAGCAGAUCCUGCUGCUCCUGGAGGAGAAGGAGGCGAUCUUCCGGGACCUGGCGGAGUGCAGCGCUCCGCUGCCCGAGGACUGCUCCCCUGCUCACAGCCCCAGAGCCCUCUUCCGCUCCAGCACACAGGAGGCUCUCAAAGGAGGACCGCUCAUGAGAAGCGCCAUGAGUGAAGUGGAGGUCCUUCAGGGUCUGGUGAGUGGAAGUCUGGGAGGCCCCCUGGGGCAGACGGCCAGCAGCCCCGUGGGGCAGGAAGGCAGCAUGGGCCCUGUGUCCUUGCCUCGCAGAGCGGAGACCUUCGGCGGAUUUGACAGCCACCAGAUGAAUGCUUCAAAAGGAGGUGAGAAGGAAGAGGGAGAUGAUGGCCAGGAUCUUAGGAGAACGGAGUCAGACAGUGGUCUGAAAAAGGGUGGAAAUGCUGCCCUGGUGUUUACCCUGAAGAGGAACACCGAGCAGGUGGUGCAGAGCGUCGUUCACCUGCACGAGCUGCUGAGCGCCCUGCAGGGCGUGGUGCUGCAGCAGGACAGUUACAUCGAGGACCAGAAGCUGGUGCUGAGCGAGCGGCCGCUCACGCGGGGCGCGUCCCGCCCCAGCUCCCUCGUGGAGCAGGAGAAGCAGCGCAGCUUGGAGAAGCAGCGUCAGGACCUGGCCAACCUGCAGAAGCAGCAGGCCCAGCACGCCGAAGAGCGGCGCCGUCGCGAGCGCGAGUGGGAGGCCCGUGACCGGGAGCUGCAGGCGCGAGAGGCUCGGCUGGCAGAGCGUGAGGAGCAGGUGCAGCGGGGCCAGCGGGACCUGGAGAGGGAGCAAGAGGACCUGCAGCAGAGGAAGGGCGCCUACCAGUGCGACCUGGAGCAGCUGCGCGCCGCCCAGCGGCAGCUGGAGAGAGAGCAGGAGCGGCUGCGGCGGGACGCUGAGCGGCUGGGCCAGGGCCACGUGGAGCGUGACCUCUGCCAGGUCUCCCGUCCACACGGCAAGCUGAUGAGGAUCCCGUCCUUCCUUCCCAGCCCUGAGGAAUCGUCUCUGCCGCCCGCACCUGCCGCUGCCAGGUCAGGGCCAUUGGACCCCGAGCUUUCCGUGUCCCCAAAACGGAACAGCCUGUCCCGGACACAUAAGGAUAAGGGGCCUUUUCACAUCCUUGGUUCAGCCAGCCAGAGUCACAGAGGGCCAGAGGGGCCGAGCCUGCCCCCUGGGUGCUCCUCCUCCUCCUCCACCUCCUCCUCCACCUCCUCCUCCUCCACGUCCUCCUCCCGCCUGUUUGGCUUAGCGAAGCCAAAGGAGAAGAAGGAGAAGAAGAAGAAGAGCAGAGGAGGCCGCAUUCAGCCGGGAGAAGGUCCUGUGUCAGAAGCAUCAGCAGAGGGGGAAGAGAUCUUCUGCUGAGCGCCGCCCCACCCUUGCCUCUCCUGCUGCCCUGCCUGCGUGUGCAAGUUCCCCCACACCGGAUGGCCUGUCCUGGGUUGCCCCAGGGCCUCGAGGAGAACAGCAGAUUGUCUCGCGAGUUAGGGUGGAGAGAGGCCCAGCCCCUGCUCUGUCUGUGACCUGUGCGUGCCCAGAACUCACAGGUGGGGCCGGCUGCACCCAGGCCUCUAUUGAAGGUGGUGGCCCAGGAGUACAGGUGAGCUCCUGGGCACAUCCAGGAUCCCUGAGAGCCGAACGAAUUGCCAAACGAGGUCUGAAACUCUGGCUGCCUUGUAUUUGGGGGAACAUGACCAAAGUGAAUGGGCAGAGAGUUUGGACGAUCUGUGUGCUCCCAGGGACCGUCGGCAUGGAGACCCAGGGCAUGCCACAGCACACGGUGUGUGCCCGAGCUAGGCCCUUGUAGCUCAGCACGAGUGGCAGUGCUGUGCUGCCGGGCGCAUGGCACUUGGUGCUCACCCAUGGUCUUCAGAGGCUGUGCCCUCCCCUUGUGAGACCAAGGAGAGGGCGGGAUCUGCCCACCCUGACCUCUGUCGGGGCACUCAGGGGAACGAAGAUGGCGUGUCGUCACGAUCCCCAGGAAGUGCAUGGUUUUCCAAGUAGUUUGCCCUCGCGUUCUGGGCACCGCUAAAAUGAGAGGCGCCUCACAGCGCUCCCUGCGGUGUGACACUUGCUGGUGUCACUGAGCACCCAGGAGUGGCACUGCCCCUGGUAAUGUUCCUGAAACCUGGGCAGCCCCCAGGGCAGCUCCUGGUGGGACCAGGCAGGGACCACUGGUGGAGAAGGAGGUGCAGGUGGGGCCAGGCCUGGCUGCUGCCACUGCGGCCCACGCGAGGAGCUGGCCCGGGACACACUUCGGUCUGGGUCAGGAGACCUUGGCCACGUUUGGUUUCUUAAAACACUUUCCAAGUUAGCGUCCGUCGUCAUUAAUCGGGCUGUACCGCUCAGCGCUGUCCCAGGUGCUGCCUGCUUCUUUUCUCCUCUUCCUUCUCCGCUGUGUUGUGGUCUGUGUGUGCCGGGCUGGCCUCCCUCGGGGCCCCGGGGCAGUCUGUGCUUUCCACGUGGCCUUCGCUGCCUGCGCUCUGCUCCUGGAGGCAGGGGCUCUGGACACACUUUACAGAAACGAAACCAUCUGUACCUUGGUGCUGGUUGGUGAGGCGCAAGCUGGCCUUGCAGGUGGGGCAUUUAUCUUUCAGUUUAUUUGAAAGAGGUCUGGUUCUGAAUUUGUAACCUAGGUUUGUUUUAUUUAUUGUGUGUGUGUGUGUGUAUGUGUGUGUGUGUGUGUGUGCGCGCGCAACCCUGAAGUGCUGAGCUGAGGCGGCCGCUGCUCCGCCAGCUCCCCCACACCCGCCUUCCCAGGGACCUUGGCGGUUCCAGUGGAAACUCAGGCUUGGGGAAGGCGCCCGGCCUUCCCUCCCUCCCCUCAGGCCAUUCUUUUGUCCCAGGUGUCUUCCUUGAGAACGAAGAAACUGGCCACCUUUGUGGGAUGCCCUGCUUUAAUAAAUUCUCACCCCCAGAAAGACUUCAAAACUGAAGCCCUCUGGUUUUUCUGUUGGAGCCGUGGUGCGCCCACUAAAAAGCCUCAACAGCGACCAGUUCUGGUGCUUCCUCCACUGCUCCAUACAACCCCCAGGUUACAGCCAAGACCUGCCGUGGCUGCAGGACCCGGCCGCUUGGCUCUGCCCCUCGCCCCACCUUGCGCAAGUGCUGUGCUGGCGGGGAAGGCCUGGCUCCUCCCGGGGCUCCCAGGCAGGCAAUCCGGAGCCAAGGUGAGCGAGCCUGUGGCCUGCGGUCUGCAGCGGACGCUGUCCACAGCCUCCCACUCCCACCUGGCUGCAGUGGCCCUGGCUUGUCAGGGAACGAGCUCUGUGGAGCAGAGAGAAGCACUCGCCGAGAACGGGGCGCCCCUGCCAGGGCCUCGCCCUCCCGCUUUGAGCUUGGCCGCGAGGUCGACUGUGGCUGCUGCGCUCUGGCUGUGAUCUGAGCCCUCCGGGCUCACUGUCCUGGGGACCGGGAUUUCAUCCUGAGGCUGCUCCCCAUCUCCCUGAAUAGACCAAGUGCCUGGCAUCGUGUGGGUUUGGGCGCACAGAUGGAGCUGCCCACCCAGGGUGCGGUUUCCAGAACGGAGUGCUCCUCCUGGGAGGGGAGCCUGUGGCGCCACAGGGCCGUGACACGUGCACGUGCGUGACCCUCGCGGCCAGCUUCCUCAGACAAUCCAGUGUGUGCCUGUGUCUCCUCUGAAGUGGGGAGGCUUAAACCACGCAGCCUGCCUUUGCCGCCGCCCCGCGGGCCGUCUGCCGGGAGGGCCUGUCAGCAUUGCUUUUGGGAAGGUACGAAUUCUGCCUUUUUCCUUGUCCUGUCUCAGGGCAGCAGCACUAACCACCGGCCUGUGCUGUGUCCUCUCCCUCCGUGGCCUCCCCGAGGCCUCGGUGAACAGUAGGCGCCCAUUCAGGAGCCCCCUUGGGGCUGCGCUCAGCCCUUUAUCUGGGAUGAGGUAUAGGGUGCAGGGAUUCGAUUUAGUUCCCUCCCCUAAAGGGUGGAACCUUCUGGGCCAGAAAUUGCUGUUCAUACAAGUACUGUUUCAUUCUUUGUCUCUCAAGCUCUUUCCCGUAGCUAGUUCUUUCCUCCCAAGGCCUUGGCAUUGGCAUUGGAGCUGAGCUUCACUCUAAGGACCCGCGCCACUGUGCCUGGAGGUCAGCCCAACCCUGGUGAGUGGACUGUGUCCAGAAGGAGGGUGCAGCUGGGCUGUCCCGGCACUGCGCCUGUGUCUGGGCUGUGCCCACGCAUCCUCUGACCCAGGGCAGAGUUGGUUUGCAUUGGUUCUUAACCUCUCCUCUGUCGCAGCGAAACGUUGCUAGACAACUAGAGCUUGGGGGUCCGGAGCCUGCUGGCCAGGUUUCAAAGUGGGAGGUAGAAGGAUGGAUGGGAAAACGGGCAUCUUUCACUUCCUCAUCUCAUUUAACCUGUCAGAUAUCAACAGGCCAUGGUCUCCAUCUCCCUAAGGCUUUUGGGGGGCUCUAUGGCUCCUAGCUGCCCCCCUCGCCAUGCCCGGCCCCGUGUCCCCCGCCACAGGAGCAGGCGACCUGCCCUUAACGGGGGCCCCACUGUGCCCUGUGCAGAGGCGCUCCCACAGGAAGCACAGACCCCGUUCCCCCAGACCGUUCCCACCCCACGCUUCUGCCUCUGGGCAGCACCUGAGGCACAGGCAGUCCCAGGGUGCCGAGGGGACAGUGCCGGUCAGCCUGUGGUCUCCUGUGUGUCGCACACCACGCGCCCCGUGCUCACUGCCUGUCUGCAGAUGCCCGUCACCGCGCUGUGCUCGAUCCCUGGAGCCCAGCUGUUGUAUAUGGACUUGUAAUUAUGUACACAGUGAGCAGUUGUGAACUGUACCCUUUUUUCAGUGUGUUUUCUGGCAUUUUGCCAUGACAUACUGGCUCUGUAUUUGAUUUAUCUUCCUUCCUAGUUACUGGCUUCAGGCUCUUGUGAAGUCCUCCCAGCCCUCUCAAAAAAAUUAAAUAAAUGAAUGAACUUCCUUUGAA